GUGGGCGUCCGUGGUGCCUGGCUUCUGCCGGCGGAGCCGUGCCCAUGGCUUCCGUGCUGUCCUAUGAAAGCCUGGUCCAUGCCGUGGCCGGAGCCGUGGGAAGUGUAACAGCAAUGACGGUAUUUUUUCCUCUGGAUACCGCGCGUCUUCGACUUCAAGUUGAUGAGAAAAGAAAGUCCAAAACCACACACAUGGUGCUCCUGGAGAUCAUUAAGGAAGAAGGCCUCCUGGCACCAUAUCGAGGAUGGUUUCCAGUUAUCUCCAGUCUUUGCUGUUCCAAUUUUGUCUAUUUCUACACUUUCAAUAGCCUCAAAACCGUCUGGGUGAAAGGUCAGCGUUCUACUACUGGCAAGGACCUGGUAGUUGGAUUUGUCGCAGGAGUGGUGAAUGUGUUGCUGACAACUCCAUUAUGGGUUGUAAAUACCAGACUGAAGUUGCAAGGGGCAAAAUUUAGGAAUGAAGACAUUGUACCCACCAACUACAAAGGUAUUAUUGAUGCUUUUCACCAGAUCAUUCGAGAUGAAGGAGUCUUGGCCUUGUGGAAUGGCACGUUCCCCUCCUUGCUGUUGGUCUUCAAUCCUGCCAUCCAGUUCAUGUUCUAUGAAGGUUUAAAACGGCAGAUUUUAAAGAAGCGAACCAAGCUUUCUUCCAUGGAUGUGUUCAUCAUUGGUGCAAUAGCCAAAGCCAUUGCCACCACGGUCACCUACCCUCUGCAGACAGUACAGUCGAUUCUGAGGUUUGGACGUCACAGACUAAACCCAGAAAACAGAACAUUGGGGAGUCUUCGGAAUGUUCUCUAUCUUCUGCACCAACGUGUAAGGCGAUUUGGAAUUAUGGGACUCUACAAAGGCCUGGAGGCCAAAUUGCUACAGACCGUCCUCACGGCGGCCCUCAUGUUCCUUGUUUAUGAGAAACUGACGGCUGCCACCUUCACAGUGAUGGGGCUGAAGAAGGCGCACAAACACUGAGGCACCACCGACUUUGUGAAGCGUGGAGAGAUGCCUAAGUGGGGGUUUCCUUCCCAGGAAGAAAUGUAAUUCUCCCCUUAAUCUUGCCCCAUGCACUUGAGUUUUACCCACACUGACUUGAAAAACAUCUGAGAGUAAAUACGGAAUGUAGCCAGCUAGACCCCCCAGCAGCCUCAUUUUUAUGUGAGGUUGAAGUUGUGGAUGAGGAGGAGAUGAACUAAAGGUCAUAAAAGAAAAUUAUUGAAAGCCUAAAAAUGAAUCUUACGGGAAUUUAUUGGUCUCCUUAAGAGACAUGGACUUUUGUUCAUGUAUAAUUUUUCCAGUUAGUCUUUCACAAGUUUACAAACUAUUGUCUUUCCAUGCAUACUUCGCCAGAUUCUAGAACAGAUUUAAUACUAUGUAAUUUUCCUCCUAUGUCUCAAUCUGUGAAUUUUCCUUACUAAAAUUAAUAUUAUGAUUGUGCCACAUGCACAUUAUUUUUGUCGGACUUUUUAUCUUCUGCUUAAGAAAGUUUUCUUCUUUAAUACACAAGCUAUUUAUUUUGUGGAGGAAAUGAAAAUAAAUUAUUAAUGCCUAA